CAGAAUGCUUCUAAUGAGAGACCAAUCUGCCGGAGAACCUUUUGCAUGUCCAUGUUAUUGUUCAGUGCUUGACUUGAAUUGAAGUGUUUGUUGAAAGUUAGAACUUUCUUAGUUGAAUUCCAUGCUGCAGUCAACUUUCCUUGCACGUGAGCUGCUGUAGCUGCGCACGUGAGCUCGUUGCUGUAGCUGGUCGCCUGAUUUAUUGCUAGUUUUAGUUUUGGUGUUGAUGAAUCAAUCCCGGUAGCUGAAUGCAGCUGGUACCUUAGACUAUCUCUGUCUACACUAGAGCAUGUGAACUAGUGAAUGUAGCUGUGUACCUGAGCUCGUUGCUCUAGCCUGCAGUUGAGGGAUAGGAAUACAUACGUUGGUUAGAUCAAUAUUCCUGCCUAUGCUGCUGUUGGCUCUGCUUUAUUGCUUAUUAUCUUCUGCUGAAUGCUGAUUAUAAGCACAAAAGAUGCGUGAGGACUAGGAGUAUGGUACCACUUACAAUAACUAUUCUACUCUCACCCUAUAUUUAUGUUCUCUAUCUCUUUCUCUCUGCAUAAACACAGAGAGGGAGCUCAAGUAAGAAAAUGGCAGGAGGAAUGCCCUUAGUCGACGAAGGCGGCAACUCGAGUGGGAAAAUAACGGCCACGGUGGUGCUAACUUGUGUAGUUGCUGCCUCUGGUGGACUCAUUUUUGGCUAUGAUAUUGGAAUUUCAGGGGGAGUAACAACAAUGGUACCAUUCUUAAGAAAGUUUUUCCCAUCAAUACUUGAAAAGUCAAGGGAUGCAAAAACAAACAUGUAUUGUAUGUAUGAUAGUCAAGCUUUGACAUCCUUCACAUCUUCCCUCUACAUUGCUGGAUUAGCCGCUUCCCUAGUGGCUAGCCGUAUCACCGCCAAGUUCGGACGUAAGUUCACCAUGGUGCUUGGUGGCUGCACCUUCCUUCUUGGUGGUGCUGUCAAUGGUGCUGCUCAAAACGUUGCUAUGCUCAUCAUUGGCCGCAUUUUGUUAGGCUUUGGUGUUGGUUUUACAAAUCAGGCAACACCAGUAUAUCUAUCAGAAGUAGCCCCCCCAAAGUGGCGAGGUGCAUUCAACACUGGAUUCCAGUUCUUCAUAGCCAUCGGAGUAGUAAUAGCCAACUCCAUAAACUACGCCACAAAAAACCAAACCUGGGGUUGGCGCCUAUCCUUAGGCCUCGCAAUAAUCCCAGCAACAAUAAUAAUCCUGGGAAUUCUUCUCAUCCCCGACACUCCCAACAGUCUAGUUGAACGAGGAAAGAUGGAGGAAGCCAAGAAGACCUUAGAGAACGCACGUGGGGUUAAUAUCGAUGUCAAAGCCGAGUUUGCAGAGCUUAUCAGGGCUACUGAGUUGGCAAAUGUAGCUAGAGAGGAGCCCUUUGAUGCCAAGAAGACCUUAGAGAACGCAUGUGGGGAUAAUACCGAUGUCAAACCCGAGUUUGCAGAGCUUAUUCAGGAUGCUGAGCUGGAAAAUGUAGCUAGAGAGGAGCCCGUUGAUGCCAAGAAGACCUUAGAUAACGCAUGUGGGGAUAAUACCGAUGUCAAAGCCGAGUUUGCAGAGCUUAUAAGGGAUGCUGAGUUGGCAAAUGUGGUUAGUAAGGAGCCCUUUGUGACUAUAUUUGAGAGGUGUUAUAGGCCUCAUUUAGUGUUGGCGAUUCUUAUUCCGUUGUUUCAGCAGAUUACUGGGAUCAAUGUGAUCGCUUUUUAUGCACCUGUUUUGUUUGAGUCUGUUGGGUUUGGUAGUGACUCUGCUUUGAUUGCUGCUAUUAUUCUGGGUGUGGUUAAUCUGGGUUCGAUACUUGUGUCGACGUUUUUGGUUGAUCGAUUUGGUCGGAGGUUCUUGUUCUUGGAAGGUGGUGUUCAGAUGUUUAUUUUCCAGAUCGCAGUAGCAGGUGUUCUAGCAGCAACAACAACAGGUGUAUCAGGAACCGAUCACUUAUCCAAGGGAAAAGCAAUCCUAGUAUUAAUUCUAAUGUGCAUAUAUGCAGCUGGUUUUGGGUGGUCAUGGGGUCCCUUAAGUUGGCUUAUUCCAAGUGAAAUCUUCCCAUUAAAGAUUAGACCAAUAGGCCAAAGCAUAAGUGUUGCUGUGAAUUUCGCAACUACUUUUCUACUUUCACAAACAUUUUUAUCUAUGCUUUGUCACUUCAAAUUCGGUGUUUUCUUCUUCUAUGCUGGUUGGAUUGCCAUAAUGACCGUUUUUGUUGCACUGUUUGUGCCAGAAACAAAGGGUAUACCGUUGGAUUCUAUGCAUGUUGUGUGGAACCAACAUUGGUAUUGGCACAAGUUUGUGAAGGAGGGGGAGACUUAACUUGAUCUUGAUUCAUUGUGGUUAAGUGUCAAUGAAUUACAAACUUGUUACAUAUGUUUUUUCUAAAAAAUUUGUAUGGAGUAAGUUGUAGUAUGUCUUACAUAUUUAAUUGUAAUUCUAACUUUAGACUGUCACGUAGAUAAUGAGUCUGUUUGACAAUUGGUUGUUGGCUGAUAUUUGUUUCACUUGCUUGUUUGA